AAAAAGAAAGAAGAAGAAAAAAAGGAGAAAAAGAACAAGCUAACAAUUCCAUUUUUUUUAUCAAAUGAAAGAUCAUCAAUAUCAAAAAGCAUGUCAAGUAUACUCUAAAAUUCGUUUCAUCUGUUGUCUUCUAUUGGGAUUUAUCACGGGUGUAUUUCUCCUCUGUAUUUAUGAUGCAUUUGAAGAGAUUCUAUUGUAUCAAUAUCAAAAUUAUAAUUCUAUAAAGAAUAUUCAACAUAAAAAUUAUAAGGAUAAAAAUUAUUUAUCUGAUAUAUUAACAGAAUAUAUUAUUAAUAAUAUUAAUGAAAAAAGUAAUCUUGUUAACAAUAAGAAAAACAAUCUGUUUACAUCAACUUUACACGAGAAUAAAAAGAACAAUAAUGUUAAUCAAUUGUUGAGAUCAACAGUCAAGCAUACAACAAAUAUGACUACUACAGCUCCUCCUAUUGUCAUUAAUUCUACUCUAAAAGUUCAUAUCAAUACAAGUUAUUCUUCUAAAUUGCGUAAGAAAAUAAAAAUAUUAUGCUAUAUUAAUACACAUCCAGAAAAUUAUUAUAAAAAAGCAAUUCAUAUACAUAAUACAUGGGCUAAAAGAUGUACUAAACACUUAUUUAUGAGUACAAAGUACGAUCCAAUUCUCCCUGUUGCUGUGUUAAAAUUACCCUAUCCUGAGGUUAGAAUGCAUUUAUGGAGUAAAAUGCGCAUCAUCCUUCGAUAUAUUUAUCAAUAUCGUGAUGAUUAUGAUUAUUUCUUGAAAACUGAUGAUGAUACUUAUGUGAUUGUCGAAAAUUUAUUAGAUGUCUUACAAAAUUAUUCACCUGAUAUGCCUUUUAUGCUGGGGCAUAGAUUUCCUGUUAAUGCUCGAAAUGGUUAUUUUUCCGGUGGUGCAGGUUAUGUCCUGUCAAGAGAAGCAUUAAAAUAUUUAGUUGAAAGGUCUAUUGAUAAACAUCCCUAUUGUCCAGUUUAUGAUGAGAAUAUGGAAGAUGUAAAAAUGAGUAUAUGUGGACAAGCUGUUGGUGUUCGUCUAUAUGAUGUUUUUGAUAUACUCGGUCGGUAUCGAUUUCGUUGGAGAUCACCUGAUAUUCUGUUAAACAGUUCAUCUUAUAAAAUGCUAAAAUGGCGUCCAGUUAAACUGAAACAGGAUGCUUUAUACGCAGCACCUCAUCAGUCAUUACUCAGUGAUGUUGGCAUUACAUUUCAUUAUGUCCAACCUGAAAUGAUGUACACUCUGGAAUACUUUCUGUAUCAUUUACGUCCAUUGGGGUUGGUGAAUGAUUUUGUCCAAUUACCAGAUUAUAUUUGCAAUCAAAAAUAGUGUGAGUGAAAAGAAGAAAAGCUGUGACAGAAGCAGCAGCAGCAGCGUCAGACACAUGUAUAUCAUUCUGAAUUGUUGACCGUCAGAUUUCCUUCUUCUUCUCCUUGUUGUCUAGAAUGAUCUGUACAUAUCUACUUGUUUGUAUGCAUAUAUAUAUCAUGUGUGGAUUGAUCGAUUUCGUCACCAGUAUCAGCGAAUACAUCUGUAUUUGUAUCUGUAUAGUGAGAAUAACUUUUUGUAAUCCAGUGGCGAUGUAAUCAAAUUGUGUUUUUAAGAGCUU